GACAUAUUCCCAUUCAUUAAACCGGAAGUGACUGAAUUUUUUAAAAUGGCAGAAAGACAUCGGUUUGAAAAUGUGGACCUUUCUUGUCUUACAUCGUCAACGUUUAGUAUCACAUCACUUACUUUGUACGUAAUCAUGAUCAUUGUGACAAUAUUUGGAAAUAUAUUAAUUAUAGUUAGCAUAUAUAAGUAUCCAAAACAGUUUAAAGGCAGUUUAUAUAUGUUAAUAGGAAAUCUAGCAGCAGCUGACCUGCUGCUAGGUAUAUGGUUGCUCGUCUUUCUACUCGAGACAAUGAUUCCAGAUAUAAAAGAAAAUUGGCAUUAUUGUAUAGUAAAACCGAUCGGAAUAAUCAUACCUUAUGGCUGUUCAAUUAUGUGCCUUCUCGGAAUAUCGUUUGAUCGUUUCAUGGCUGUAUUAUUUCCGCUGAAGCAUCUUUUAAAAACGAACAGACGAAAAUUAUUUAUUGUUUACCUCGGAGGAAUGUGGCUGAUAGCCAUACUGGCCGGGGGUUUACCGAUCAUUUUACAGAACCUAAAACCACCAAACACCACGUUUUUAUGUUAUAUUGGAACAAAUCUACCACAGGAAUUCGAACUUAUUCCUCCUAUAUUGAUUUUUGUGACAGGAAUUAUAGAUUUCAUUCUUUAUGGAGCUGUUAUAUGGAAGAUAAAAACAAACAAAAUACCUGGCAACAGCGUUACCCGAAAGAAAAAUACUAAAACAAUUUUAAUGAUUAUUGUUUUAGUGCUCUUUGUUAUUUGUUGGAUGCCGUUUAUCAUUUGUUCACUAAUGACGCAGGCUGAUAUUUCCAUUUCAACAUUACAAAACAUAAUUUGUGCAAAAGAAUACCUUGCAAAGCUUGGACUCUCUAACUCCGCCAUGAACUGGGUACUUUAUGGUCUUGCAAACAAAAAGUUUCGUAUUGCGUUUAGGACACUUCUUUGUUACAGUGGGUGUUGCACAAGUACCCAACAAGCCUUGCCUUCAACAAGGAGUGUGGUAAAUAAGCACAAUGAAAACUUUGAUGGUUUGGCUGAAACAGAAGUCGCAAACAAAAGGACAGGCCAAUGAAAAAGAAAUCUAAAAACGAUACUAAAAAUUAAGUUCUGAAACUUUUUGGUGAUUC